UCUAGUUCGUAACAAUGGUAGAAGAAAAAGGGUUCGUUCUUUUGCUCUAUGGUGCUUCCCAACAUAAGUUAAGGUUUCUGAUGUUUCAUACGACGACAUUGAUGUUUCUCACGAUGUUGGUUCUUUCUCCAUUUGCAUUUUCACUCACUGAAGAAGGACAAGCAUUAAUGGCAAUGAAGUCUUCGUUCAACAACAUUGCUGACGUUCUUCUUGACUGGGAUGAUGUGCAUAGUGAUGACUUUUGUUCAUGGCAUGGAGUUUUUUGUGAUAAUGUCACUCUUACUUUAACAGUGGUUUCUCUAAAUUUAUCAUGCUUGAAUCUUGGUGGUGAAAUAUCGCCAGCAAUCGGUGAUUUAAGAAACUUGCAAUCCAUGGACCUUCAAGGGAAUAAACUAACUGGUCAAAUCCCCGAUGAAAUUGGGAACUGCGGUGAACUUGUUCAUCUGGAUUUAUCUAAUAAUCAGCUCUAUGGUGAUAUACCUUUCUCCGUUUCGAAGCUGAAGCUACUUGAAUUUUUGAAUUUGAAGAACAAUCAGUUGAUUGGUCCCAUUCCUUCGACUUUAUCGCAAAUUCCAAAUCUCAAGACUAUUGAUCUUGCUAGAAAUAAGUUCAUUGGGGAGAUACCGAGGCUACUAUAUUGGAAUGAAGUAUUGCAAUACCUUGGGUUGCGAGGGAACAUGUCGACUGAAAUUUUGUCUCCCGACAUUUGUCAAUUAACUGGUUUAUGGUAUUUUGAUGUCAGAGGCAAUAAUUUGACUGGUACUAUACCAGAGAGCAUUGGUAACUGUACAAGUUUUGAAAUCUUUGACAUAUCGUAUAAUCAGAUAACGGGGGAGAUUUCGUAUAACAUUGGAUUUCUUCAAGUAGCUACUUUGUCGCUUCAAGGAAAUAGGUUAACUGGGAAGAUACCGGAAGUAAUUGGUUUGACGCAAGCUCUUGCAAUUUUGGAUUUGAGUGAGAAUCUGUUAGUGGGAACGAUUCCUCCAAUAUUAGGAAAUCUAUCUUUCACCGGCAAACUAUAUCUUCAUGGAACCAUGCUUACUGGUUCGAUGCCUCCCGAGCUAGGCAAUAUGUCUAGACUGAGCUACCUGCAAUUGAAUGAUAAUCAACUGGUGGGUGAAAUUCCUAAUGAGUUUGGGAAGCUUGAACAUCUGUUCGAAUUGAAUCUUGCCAAUAAUCGUCUAAAUGGAUCUAUUCCACAUAACAUAAGCUCUUGCACGUCCUUAAAUCAAUUUAAUGUGCAAGGUAAUCAGUUAAGCGGUUCUAUUCCAUUGAGCUUUCAUAAUCUUGAGAGUUUGACUUACUUAAAUCUCUCUGCGAAUAACUUUAAAGGGAUUAUACCAGUUGAGUUAGGUUGUAUCAUAAAUCUUGAUACAUUAGACCUAUCUAGCAAUAAUUUUUCCGGUCAUGUCCCAGCAUUUGUUGGUUCUUUAGAGCAUCUUUUGACCUUGAACUUGAGUCGGAACCAUCUUGAAGGUCCCUUGUCUGCUGAAUUUGGGAAUCUCAGAAGCAUACAGAUUAUUGAUAUGUCCUUCAACAAUCUGUCGGGUAGCAUUCCUCUAGAGAUUAGACAGCUGCAGAACCUUGCCUCUCUGAUUUUGAACAACAAUGACCUGCACGGGAAGAUUCCAGAGCAGCUCACCAACUGUUUCAGUCUUUCUUCCAUGAACUUUUCUUAUAACAACUUCACCGGAGUAGUUCCAUCUUCUAAGAACUUCACGCGGUUCCCGGCUGACAAGUUCUUUGGGAAUCCUUUAUUAUGUGGAAAUUGGGUAGGAUCCAUAUGCCGUCCAUAUCUCCCAAAUUCAAGAGAGAUAUUUUCUAGAGUUGCAGUUGCAUGUCUCACUCUCGGUAUCAUCGUGUUACUGGCUAUGGUUAUUAUUGCUAUCUAUAGAUCCAUCCAGUCAAAGCAGUUGUUGAAAGCAUCUAGCAUGUCUGACCUAGUGCCUCCCAAGCUUGUGAUACUUCAUAUGACUAGAGCUUUUCAAGCAGAAGAAGAAUCAGAAGAAGAAUCAGAAGAAGAAUCAGAAGAAGAAGAAGAAGAAGAAGAAGAUGAUAAUUUGUCUCUUCUGUCCAGAAGAUGCAAGGAGCCAGGUCAUUGGAAGAAUGAAUGUCCUAAGCUGAACAAAGAUAGACCAAAGAAGAAAGACUUCAGAGGGAAGAAAAAUGGUCUGAUUGCUACUUGGGAUGAUUCAGAAUCCUCAGAAGAAGACUCUAAGGAAGGGCAAGCUAAUGUGGCACUUAUGAAGCUUCUGAACAAAUACAAGGAUUUGAAAAAGGUUCAUGUAUCUGAGCCAGUAGCAUACUGUAAACUUAAGAAAGAAUUCUCAAGUUUAAAUAGAGAAAACUUUGUUUUAAAAAAUAACGACUCUAUGCUUCAUAGGAAGAGUUCCAAACUUGAGAAGGAAAAUCUUUCAAAAGCAUCUACAGAGUCUGAUAAUGUAUCAAAAGCUUCUGAACAAAUACAAGAAUCUGAAAAAGGUUCAUGCAUCUGA